CCACCCACAAGAAACACACUCUCACAGUCACAAUGGUUUCUUCUAAUUGCUACUAUCUUGCAUUGGUAUGCUGCUGUGUUCUGCUGCUGCUGAACCCCACCGUGGGGGAGCAGGACGAGCAGAACUUGGUGCUCCAGUACCACAAAGGCGCGCUCCUCAAGGGGAGGAUCACCGUUAACCUGUUAUGGUACGGCAGCUUCACCCCAAUCCAACGCUCCACAAUCGUUGACUUCAUAAAGUCGUUAAGCUCCUCCCCGGGGGCCCCACUUCCCUCGGUGGCAUGGUGGUGGAAGACGACGGAGAAGUACAAUGGGGGAUCCACUACGCUGGUCGUAGGGAAGCAAAUCCUGCAACAAACUUAUUCCCUCGGAAAGUACCUCAACGGAACACAGCUACUCUAUCUCUCCUCACGCUUCAACGACCUCAACGCCAUCAACGUCGUUCUCACAUCAAACGACGUCGGCGUCGACGGCUUCUGCAGGAGCCGCUGUGGGACCCACGGAUCCAUUAACGGGAAGGCCCGUAUACCGUACAUGUGGGUUGGGAACUCCGAGGCCCAGUGCCCUGGGCAAUGCGCGUGGCCCUUCCACCAGCCCGCUUACGGCCCACAGACGCCGCCGUUAGUUGCGCCUAACGCCGACGUUGGGGUUGACGGGAUGGUUAUAAACAUAGCCACGCUUUUGGCGGGAACCGUGACGAACCCGUUCAACGAGGGGUUCUAUCAGGGUCCUCCCACGGCGCCGUUGGAGGCCGUUUCGGCCUGCACGGGGAUUUUCGGGAGCGGGGCGUAUCCGGGUUAUCCGGGUCGGGUUCUGCUGGACAAGACGACGGGGGCCAGCUACAAUGCGUACGGCGGCAACGGGAGGAAGUACCUCUUGCCGGCCAUGUGGGACCCGCAGACCUCCGCAUGCAAGACGCAGGUGUAAACGACUUGGCUCAAUGAAUCAAAGCUCUUGUUUGUUGUGCGUGACGUGUAAAUUCAUUUUCUACGUGGUCAAUGUUUUAAAUAUUGAUAUAAAUAAACAAUGGAAUAGAAUAUUCUUAUUUUCAUUUUUAAAUCUUCUUACUUUACUUUUCUGAAUUUCAGAAAGGUAAAACUGUUCGCUUUACAUUUAUUAGCAGAAAUAAAAAAGCAACUUGUAAACCCAAUAUUCGACAAAGUAUGUAGCACACAGAAAUACAAGCAAGUGAAAGUUGAACUUCAUUACA